AAUAGCCAACAAAAAAAAAAAAAAAAGGGUUAAAUAUUGAUUAGUCAAGAGAGGUAAGUCUUUGUUUAAGAGGUGUGAUGGGUUUCCUAGCUGUUCCACCUAAGACAUAUUGAUUGCAAGUUUGCUUAAAGAUUAAACUUACUUAUAUCUUCUUCUCUCUGUGUGUGUGUCUGACUUAGAGAAGCAAUGAUGAUGGUGAAGCUGUUCAUGUUUCUUAGCUUUGGUGGAUUGUCAAUGUGUGAGGUGUUUCUUGUUGGAGACGAAGAAGGCUGGAACUCUGGCAUCAAUUUUGCUACCUGGUCUCAAAACCACAAUUUCACCAAAGGAGAUUUUCUAGUUUUCAAUUAUGCAAAGAGUGUACACAAUGUGUAUGAAGUUACUGAGGAAACAUUCAGAUCAUGCGAGACAAGUAAUGGAGUAUUGGGUGAAUAUGAGAGUGGAAACGAUCAAAUUGAGCUGAAAGAAGCAAGGAAGUAUUGGUUCAUAUGCAAUGUGGCUGGUCAUUGCUUGGGCGGGAUGAGGUUUGGAAUUGAUGUCAAUGAAGCCAAUUCUAGGAGCCAUCUCCCACUUAGUCCUGUUCAAUCUCCUCCCCCACCCACUAACCAUGCCUCUAACCAUGGAAGCUAUGCACUAUGGAGCACUUUUAUGUGUAUUAUAGCAUUUCAAACUCUGUUCGUUUGACACGUCGAUAUUUAUUGUUCGGUUUCUCCUUUUUAGAAUAGUGUCGGUAGUGCAGUUUGGAGAUUUGAGUUCUUGACUUGCAAUAGAAGAAUGUUAUCGAUGUCUUAACUGUUUCGAGGGUUGUUCAAAUUUGUUACUUUUGACCGUCGUUGAAUGAAUACGAGAUUUGAAUUCUUGA